AUGAAGACGUCUGGCGACGAGCGACCCAGCUGGUUCCAGCUCAAGGUCAAGCAGCCGGCCGCAUUGUGCUACCAGCGCUACUUUGUCGAGCUCAUCCUCCGUCAAAAGCCACUGCCACCUUCAAAGGAUGGAAGACAUGUCCUGCUUAAUGCCGCCAACGAUGCGCCACUGGUCGACGAGCGACGAGGCCAUGCAUACAUCUCCAACAGCAUUCGAUCGUCGCGAUAUACCAUCUUCGACUUUCUACCCAAGCAKCUGCUCUUCCAAGCCACGAGACUGUCCAAUUUCUAUUUCAUAUGCAUAGGUGUUCCGCAAACCAUUCCGGGACUAUCCACCACUGGAAGCUACACAACAAUCCUGCCAUUGGCAUUCUUCAUUCUCUUGACCAUGGCAAAGGAAGGAUACGACGACUUUUGCCGACACAAGCUUGACAAGGUGGAGAACAACCUGUUGGCGUUGGUUCUGCGACGAAGAAACGCAGAUGGACAUGUGCAGGCGAGUGAAAGUGCAUUGGAGAGAGCCAUUUCCAAAAUGCAAGGUUUACUGUGGAAAGCAAAGGCUCAUUCCGAGGAGGUUGUUGUUGAAGAGAAAGAGCCGGACGAGGACGACACAUAUGCAUGGGCCAAGACGAAGUGGCACAAUGUCUCGGUCGGGGAUGUGAUCAAGCUCAAACGAGACGAUCCUGUCCCGGCAGACAUCAUCUUGUUACACUCCACGGGAGAGAAUGGCGUGGCCUAUGUUGAGACGAUGGGUCUCGAUGGCGAAACCAACCUGAAGCCCAAACAGGCUCUCCCAGCUUUGCUCGAUGCCUGUAGCACUGUGGGCGACAUUCGACGCGCAGAUGUGGAAUGUGUUUUGGAGGACCCGAAUCCGAAUCUGUACGAUUUCAACGGCAAGGUCACCGUCAAUGGCACGACGCUCCCUCUAGCAUUGAACGAAGUCAUCUACCGAGGCAGUGUCAUUCGCAACACCACGCAUCUCUACGGCCUUGUUGUCAACACGGGAGAGGAAUGUAAGAUUCGCGAAAAUGCAAACCAUCAUCCGACCGCCAAGGUCCCACGCUUGGAAAGAUACGCAAAUCAAGUCGUACUGACUCUGAUCGUGUACGUCGUCACACUCUCGGUCGGAUUCUCAAUGGGAUAUCUCCUGUGGCACUCUGAUUUCGAAAAGGGAGCAUGGUACUUGGAAAACGCCGCUCCGGAAUUCAAGCAAAUCAUCAUCGGUUUCCUCAUCAUGUUCAACAAUAUCAUCCCACUAGCUCUUUACAUCUCACUUGAGAUUGUAAAGGUCGGCCAAUUAUUGAUGGUUCAGAGCGAUGUCAAAAUGUACGAUGAAAAAACUGACACAACCAUGAGAUGCAACACAAACACGAUUCUGGAAAACCUUGGACAGGUUAGCUACAUCCUUUCCGACAAGACCGGAACGUUGACUGAAAACGUCAUGCGCUUUCGCGGCAUCAGUCUGGGAGGGGUGGUCUGGAUGCAUGAGCCUACCGCGAAAGCACAUGCCACUGUUGAGGCCGAGCAGAGCGAAAAGUCAACGUCAACGAUGCCUCAGCAAACCAAAGUGGAAGCCAUGAAGCCAUCCUUUGAAAACCCCAGUAUCUUUGUAGAGGAGCGCGAGAUUCCCUCCUCAAGUUCUGAUCGCUCUUCCGAACCGCGAGCGUCCAAGCUCUACACACGUAGGUCKACGAGUCGUCCAAAGCAAGCGCCGGCGGAGCGCACAACUGCAGAGUUGAUCGAGAUCAUGCAGCGACAGCCCGACUCCGCCAUCGCACGGAAAGCGCGAGAGUUCAUUCUCGGUCUCGCCAUAUGUCACACCGCGCUGCCAGAGGUAGAUUCAAAAAAUGGGAAAAUCGAUUUUCAGGCCUCUUCACCAGAUGAACUUGCGCUUGUACGCGCCGCGCAGGACCUAGGUUAUCUCCUCAUUCAACGCUCAUCGCGGAGUGUCGAGCUGCUCAUCACUAACACAAAUGGGAGCGAAACGAAAGAGCUGUACGAAAUUCUCGAGGUAAUCGAAUUCAGCAGCAAGCGAAAGCGAAUGUCGAUUGUGGUGCGUUGCCCAAAUAAUCGCAUCUGGCUGAUCUGUAAGGGUGCCGACAGCGCCAUCAUUCCCCGUUUGCGACAAGCGGAGCUCGCUGAGAGGCAGUCGCAGGAAGUCCGGAGAAGUGUUGAUUAUGGACGCAGAUUGGCAAGGAAAAGUGAGCAGAACGAAUCCAGGAACAGCUUCGGCGCACGGCCCAGCCUGCAGAUCCGCAGCAGAAGCUCCAUGGAUGUGCAAAGGUCAAUUGGACUUGGGAGAGCAAACCUGGAUGUCCCCAAGCCCAGUUAUGAAAUCCGGAGAAGUCUUCAGCAAGACCUCAACAAUCUCGAGGACAAGGAUGACACGGCGCUGUUUGCACGCUGUUUUGAACAUAUCGAUGCCUUCGCGACCGAGGGGCUCCGCACGCUGCUAUUUGCACACAAGUACCUCGACGCGGAUGAGUACGAAACCUGGAGGAAGAUCCACCACGAGGCUACAACGUCGUUAGUCCAUCGUCAGGAGCGCAUCUAUGCGGCUGGUGAGGUGAUUGAACAAGGAUUCGACCUGUUGGGUGCUUCUGCGAUUGAGGACAAGCUGCAAAAGGGAGUGCCUGAGACGAUUGAGAAGUUGAGAAAGGCCAACAUCAAAAUCUGGAUGUUGACUGGUGACAAGCGGGAGACGGCCAUCAAUAUUGCCCACUCGGCAAGGAUCUGCCAGCAGACUUCAGUAGUGACGAUAUUAGAUUCCACCAGAGGAGAUCUCGCUGGCCAAAUGAUGGACGCUCUCCAGGAGGAAUCAGCGCACAGAGUUGUCGUCAUUGACGGCCAAACACUGACAAUCGUUUCCGCCAACCCGGAGCUCAAGCACACCUUCUUCAGCACUAUAAUCUCUCAGAUUGAUUCUGUUAUUGUUUGUCGUGCCAGUCCGGCGCAGAAGGCUGCCAUUGUGACUGCUAUUCGUGCGCGUCUUCCUGGUCUUACCUUGGCUAUUGGUGAUGGAGCGAAUGAUAUUGCGAUGAUCCAGGCCGCGCACGUUGGGAUUGGACUUUCUGGGAAUGAAGGUCUUCAAGCUGCACGUGUUGCCGAUUUCUCCAUUGCGCAGUUCCGCUUCCUGCAACGCCUUUUGCUUGUGCACGGACGAUAUCAAUACGUGAGGACAGCYAAGUUUGUGCUCCUGACUUUCUGGAAAGAGAUGUUCUUCUACAUGAUGCAAGCGCUGUAUCAGAGACACAAUGGCUUUACUGGCACUUCACUUUACGAGGCGUGGUCGCUGACAGUAUUGAAUACUUUAUUCACGUCCUUGUGUGUAAUCGUGCCUGGAAUCUUCGAACAAGAUCUUCGACCAUCUACGCUUCUCGCGGUGCCGGAACUAUAUGUCUUUGGACAGAGGAACCAAGGAUUGAACAUCCCCAUGUAUCUCGCCUGGAUGAUUCACGGGGGAGCGAAUGGAAUUAUUGUCUGGUUUGUCAUCUGGGCCGCCUUUGGCUCCACUAAUGUAAUGAGCGAUCGUGGUCUCUUUGCCCUUGGCGACCUCGCUUUCACCUUGGGAAUUGUCUGGACGAAUUGGAAGUGUCUAAUCCUCGAGACACAAUACAAGACUUUGAUCGUCGGCAUCUCUCUCGUCAUCACAGUGGGCGGAUGGUUCGCGUGGAAUGGCUUCAUGGCAAGCGUGUACAGCAACAAUCUUUCGCCCUAUGAUGUCAAGGGAGGCUUCAACGGGACUUUCGGCACCGAUUGGAACUGGUGGCUUGCGCUCCUCCUCGCCCUGCUCAUCCUCAUCACGUUGGAGCUGGUGUAUGAUGCCGUCAAGAGAAAUCUCAUCGCUGCGAAGAUGUGGCCGAGGUGGAGACAUUUCUUGCCUCGUUUGGAUAAGCGGAAGCAGCAGCAGCAGCAGGAAGAGAUUGUUGUUGCGGAGGAUAUGGAGAUUGAGCUCUGGCAGCAGAUGGAGAGGGAUCCUGUGAUUGCGGAGCAGUUGCUGGAGAUGGCUGGGGAGGAGGGAGGUAUUGCGGAGGAGGAGGAAGAAGAGGAAGAGGAGGAGGAGGUGGUGUUGUUGCAGGAUAUUGAAAUCGCGGAGCCGGAGAGGGGGAGAAUGAGGAGGAUGUUUUGGAGGAAGAAGGGAUGA